AUGAUUUAUCCCAAGGAAUUUCCCAGGCCAAGGCGGCCAAUUUAUGGGAGUUAUGGCGAAAAAUUGGAACUUUCCAAGCCGCAGCCACAGCCUGUGACUAAAGUCAGAAGCUUAAAACAUAAAAUAGGGCUUUUAUGGCCCUAUUUAAAGGAAUAUGCUAUGAUAUCCUCAGUUCACGGUAUCAGGUAUUUGGCAGACCCCAAAAUGAAAAAGUUUGAAAGAAUCAUUUGGCUUUUGAUUCUCAUAACCACCAGCAUUGGUGCCAUUGUGGUCUAUGUUGAUCUGAAUAACCUGUACCAAUCAAUAAGAAUUCAAACUACCAUCAGAAACUCGAUGCUUCCGAUUUUCCGCGUUCCAUUUCCAUCGAUUGGCCUUUGUCCGAGGAACAGAAUGAACUGGAUUGUUCUGGAGAACGAAGCUACUUCCCACUUCCUGGGCGGCAAUGUAUCCGACAUUCAAAAGGACAUCUUCAUUAAAUUCUUUUAUGCUGCAUCCGAUCCGCACUUAAAUCGCUUGGGGGAAAUGUCAAGAUUCUUUUCCAAUGAAUCUCUGACUGCUGACCUUCACCUGCUGAAUGGAUUGGAUUUGGCUGAAGUCUUUAAAUAUAUUCAGGUUAAAUGCGAGCAUUUAAUCUUCUCGUGUCGAUGGAAAGGUAAUCCCAUAAACUGUUGUGAUUAUUUCGAACUGCAGUUUACAGAGUCGGGGUUGUGUUAUGUUUUUAAUGGGGAGAUAAGUCCAGAAUCUAGGACAAAGGCGAAAGAAAAUAAGUAUUAUCCAUUACGAACCGCCCAAUUUGGCGAGGGUUCUGGAUUGGAUGUUUUUCUGCGACUCAAUAGAUCCUUGAUUACCCGCGGCAGACGUGGCGUAUUCUUGAUGAUUAAGCAGCCGCAACAGUGGAGCGAUGUGGUACGCCUCGUGCCACAUGAGGCGCAUACCCGUGUCAGUAUUGCGCCUCGGCUUACGGACACUGAUGAACGAACCCGUUCAGUUACACCGGAAGUAAGGCGAUGCCUAUUUGCGGACGAAAUUAACCAUCCUGCAUAUAAAAACCUUCCUGGUUUUGAGUAUUGGAUGGGAAACUGUCGCAGCAAAUGCCACCAAGAGCAUGUUGUUGAUUUGUGCAAGUGUUCUCCAUCAAUUUUCUUUCCCGUCACCGAUAAAGAUAACUUUACUGUCUGCAAAGCAUCCGACUUCAAGUGUCUCUAUGACAACAGACUUAUAUUCAGUACUGAAAGACAUCCCGAGGAAAAGGACUAUGUGGAUAAUAUUAGUAAAGAAAGCAUGAUUUGAGACUGCUUCACCAGCUGUAAACAAUUGAUUUUUGAUAGAGUCUUCUCCAGCACGUCAAUAGAUAACAAUGACACUGAAACCGAUUUGGGAACAAUGCGGAUAGAAGUUUUUUUUCAAUCCGGUUGGUUUAUUCAAUAUCAAACUACAAUGCGUUUCACUUUUGUAGAACUUUUGGCUAGUUUUGGUGGCAUAAUUGGAUUAUUUCUAGGAGCCUCGCUCUUAAGUGCUUUUGAGCUAAUUUAUUACUUCACCAUUGGCUUAUUUUUGUACUUGCACGGCGAUAGGAAAUUGGAUGAGACAUCAAACGAAACUAAAACCCACACUCCCAUCAUUAACAUACAGUUGGGCCCGAAAAAAAUAACACCAAUCAAAUACAGAUAUUAGUAAAGAGAGAGUAUAUUGUA